AUGAACCGCACGGCUCCGUCAUGCGCUGCGGCCACCCUGGGCGUACAUCCAGCCCGCGGGCGGCGCAGAUGUGCGCUACGGCGCUCCGGCGCACGAGACGAGCGCACGGAGCGCUACGCGGCGAGCAAGUGGGGCGCAGCACCAUCCGCCGCAGCGCUCCCGCCCCCGCCGACCCACUGGCGACGUGAGGGUCGCUGCCGACCGGAGCCCGACCGUGCAUUGCCACUCAAGCUGCUCCUCAACGUCAUGGCGUAG